AUGGUAAAUCCAUCUUUAGAUUGUUAGCACACAUAGGAUCAUACUAUAUUUUUUAUGCAAAUCAAACACUGUAGAUAGCUCACUCCCCCAUACUACAAACCACCUGUGCUCAGGCUGGCCGGCAGCAUUCCCGGACCAAAUUAAGCAAUUCAGAGAGGAGUCCAGCGCAAGCGUGCAGUAAAACCACAAUGCUUCAUUAAAGGAUCAUUGGAUACAGGACAAGCACAGAACUUAUUCCAGCCAUGCCCUCUUCCAUGCUGCCCGGUGUCUUCUCCCUGAGCCCCUUUGACCUCUUGUACUAUGCAGCCUCCCUGUGCGCCCUGUACCUGCUCUACAAAGUCUCCAGUCUCUACCUGAGACAGAAGAACCUGGAGAGAGUGUUCAGUGCUUUCCCAGGCCCAAAACGUCACUGGCUGUAUGGCAACGUCCAUGAGAUGAAAAACGAUGGGAAUGAUUUGGAGAUUUUGAAUGGUUAUGCAAAACAAUUUGACUACGCCUUCCCCAUGUGGUUUGGAAAUUUCUUUGCUUCCCUCAUUGUCUAUCAUCCAGACUAUAUUAAAGCCAUUCUGUCUAGAAAUGAUCCAAAGGAGAACUUUUUCUAUUACUUUCUGACACCAUGGAUUGGGAACGGUCUGCUGAUACUGUCAGGACAGAAAUGGCUCCAGCACCGAAAACUGUUAACUCCGGCAUUCCAUUAUGAUGUUCUGAAGCCGUAUGUCAGAGUGAUGUCCGACUGUGUUAAUGUCAUGCUGGAAAAAUGGGAGAGACUGUUCUCAGAUAAGAACCCAGUGGAGCUUUUGCAUCAUGUCAGCCUCAUGACCCUGGACAUCAUUAUGAAUUGUACCUUCAGUUACCAGAGCGACUGCCAGAAUAACAGUGAAAAUGAAUACGUCAAAGCUGUGUAUGAACUCUCCCACCUGGUGGAACUUAGGACCCGCUGCUUUCCAUAUCACAGUGAUUUUAUUUUCCACAUGAGUCCACACGGAUUCCGAUUCCGUAGAGCACUGAGGAUAGCGCAUCAACACACAGAUAAAGUCAUCAAACUGAGGAAAGAAUCACUAAAGGAGGAGACGGAGCUCGAAAAAAUCAAACAGAAGAGACGUUUGGAUCUUCUGGAUAUCCUGUUAUAUGCCAAGGAUGAAAAUGGUCGGGCAUUGUCUGAUGAAGAUCUGCGGGCAGAGGUGGACACAUUUAUGCUUGGUGGUCAUGAUACCACGGCCAGCGCCAUCUCCUGGACCUUGUACUGUUUGGCUAAAUAUCCUGAGCACCAGGAGAAAUGCCGGAAGGAGGUCAGAGAGGUCUUGGGCGAACGGACCACAGUCGAGUGGGAAGACCUGACUAAGCUGCCAUACACCACCAUGUGUAUUAAGGAAGGCAUGCGUCUCUACUCACCUGUACCAAUAGUGGGCCGUGAAAUUAAAGAACCAAUCACAUUUGUUGAUGGGCGGAGCCUACCAAAAGGUACAACUGUCUUGAUCAGUAUAUAUUGCCUGAACAGAUGUCCAAGAAUGUGGGAUAACCCUGAGGUUUUUGAUCCACUGAGGUUUUUACCCGAGAAUGCAUCAAAGAGACAUUCACAUAUGCAUGUUUCAUUCUCCACUGGACCAAGAAACUGCAUAGGACAGAACUUUGCUAUGAAUGAGAUGAAAGUCGCCAUCGCUCUCACGUUAUCAAAAUUCGAGCUGAGUACAGACCCCGGAAAUGAGCCACUAAAGAGACCUCAGAUUGUCCUGCAUUCUGUGAACGGCAUCCACGUAAACCUGAAGAAAAUAGAAAGAACAUCAUAAAGCCUGAAGACAGCAGUGAUUGUGUACAAUACUUGUUGUGAAAAAAUAUAUAUGAAAAAUACUCAUAAUUAAAUUUAAAAAAAUGCAAGUAAAAAUAAAAAAAAUA